AUGGCGAGUAUAAACCAAGGAUGCAAAGCGUGCAACCGUCCAAACCAUGCAGAGGAUAUGGUCGCGUGUGACGUUUGUGGUAUGUGGUUUCAUUUCACAUGUGCAGGCGUGAGUGAAUCAAUUUGUGAAAAACCAUGGCAGUGCGGCUAUUGCUCCAGUCGAGCUCUCAGUGUAGAUGGAUCACGACAAUCAGUGCAUUCGAACAGCUCUAGUGCGCAGCUUCGACUGAGGCAACUCGAAGAGGCCAAAGCUUUGGAUGACAAAUUGCGGCUCCAACAAGCGGAGUGUGAGCGUGCCUAUCUGGCCCAGAAACAUCAGCUGGAAGCAGAAAUAGUAGCAGCGAAAUCAGUAGCAGGAAGUAAGCGGAGCGCAAAAAGCAACAAGAGUCAUCGCAGUCAUAGAACCCAAGUUCAGCUAUGGGUAAACCAAACAUUGGAUACUCCAGAGAAGCCGGAGGACGGUCAUGCGGCUGCCACCACAUCUACUCCUAUUUGUUCCAGCGGGAAUGUGGGUUUAACUGUGCCCGUUGCACAAUGCAACGUCAUUCCACACACAGUGGUGACGUCAGUAACAGGAUAUAAUAACUAUCAGCAGCAAGCGUCGAGCCAACUGGUGCAAGAAGCGGGUUUGGCGAAUGACAUCCGGCAAAUGCCCGUUUCUGAAAUUCAUGAAAUAACACAUUUCGAUAUGCCCCAAUAUUCAGCACAACAGCAAACCAACCGCCAUCGUGGUCAGUGGGACCAACAUUCAUCAGGUCGUUCUGCGCAGAAACUCCAACCGACGGUUCAGUCAGGGAUUGCGGAGUCAUCUGUGUUCAGCAACCAACCUACGGUGGGUAGUUCAGCGCCUACACAUGGCCAAAUCGAGGGUGAAUUUGCAGUGUCAAACGAGAAUGUUCAGCAAACGCUAACGCAUAAGCAGAUCCCGUUGAAUUUCAGUCGUAGCUUACCCACACAAUCAGUUCAAUUCGGCCCAGUUCAAGAACGAUGGGCUCAAAGCGAAAACGCAUAUUUCACGAGUGGUCAACAGCAGGUACCACGAAACCGUUACCCUGGUACUACUUCGAUUGACGUUCCCAUACUUUCAAACUAUGCUCCUCAGCCGACAUACUGCACCGGAUAUCCUAUUCCGAGUUCGUCUACUUUCGUACCGGUGUCCAGUAAUCAGGUGGUUUUACCAAGAAGUCAAGCAUCGCAAAUACAGUUGGAACAGAAUAUGUAUCAUCUGCCCCCAACAUCUGCACCUCAGUUCCCGAUCAACAACCAAGUUUGCGGUACCGGCAUGAGUAGCGUACUAACUACGCAGCAGCUUGCAGCACGACAGGUAGUAUCUAGAGAACUACCGAAAUUUGCUGGAGAUCCUUUAGAGUGGCCUAUGUUUAUCAAUGCUUUUGAAUCCACUACAGCCAUGUGUGGAAUUCAGCCGGAUGAAAAUCUUGCUAGAUUGCAGAAGAGCUUGAUAGGAAGCGCUCGGGAGAAAGUGCAGAGUAUUUUGACAUUGCCAGCUGCGAUUCCAGAAAUCAUCAAUACUUUGCGAGAUGAGUGCGGUAGACCAGAGCAAUUGUUACAUUGUUUACUGGUGAAAAUAAGGAAUGCUCCUUUACCCAACGCGAAUAAGCUUGAUACAUUGAUAAACUUUGGCAGAGAGGUAAAAAAUCUUGUGACUUACGUUGAGGGAGCACAGCUUCAAAACCACUUGUCAAAUCCAAUGCUGUUGUCGGAGCUAGUUGGGAAGCUACCUCCUAGUCUUCGCCUGGACUGGGGACUCCAUACACAAAAAAUACCAGUAUCAUCGCUGAAAGCCUUUAGUGAGUAUUUGGCAUCCAUAAAAACAGCAGCUUGCUCUGUCUGGCUGCCGGGAGAAACAAGCCAAAUGGAUGGAAGUAUUCUAAGAGGUAAAAAGAAAGAAAAAGGUGGUUUCGUAAACGCCCAUGCCAUUGAAGACGAGAAGAAAGGUGUCGAGGUCCCGAAGAAACUAGAGGUAACAAGUUCUCCUAAACCAUGUCAUGCGUGCAGCAAAACAGAUCACAGACUUCGAAAUUGUUCGAAAUUCGUGAGCUUCAGCCUGGAUCAACGGAAGCGUCUAGUAGAGCAGUACAAAUUGUGCAAGCAGUGCUUGGGAAGUCACGGAAAAUGGCCAUGUAGGUCGAAACAACAAUGUGGAAUCGACGGUUGCAGUGACUUGCAUAGUAAACUACUACAUUCUACGAAAGUAGCAAAUGAGUCUCAAACUGCUGCUUCAUCUGGCGUAAUCUCAACGCAUUGCCUCAAUCGGUCCACAACGCUUUUUAAAAUACUCCCUGUCGUACUCUACAAUAAAGGAAAGAGCAUCACCACUUUCGCCUUCCUGGAUGAUGGAUCUGACCUCACGUUGCUAGAAGAUUCUAUCGCUGAAGAACUUGGUUUAAAAGGUGAAGUGAUGCCAUUGUGCUUACAGUGGACGGGGAAUGUCACCAGAAAGGAAGUGACCUCACAACAAGUACGUUUGAAUAUUUGUGGUGUAAAUGGAGGAUCGAACUACACAAUUACGGAUGUUAGGACCGUUUCCAGUUUAGAUCUGCCUCGACAAAAUCUUCCCUAUGACGACUUGUCCAUAAAAUAUCCAUACCUGCGAGGGAUUCCCGUCAGCAGCUUCUCUGACGCCGCCCCUAGAAUAUUAAUUGGGCUUGCUCAUGCGAAGUUAACGGUGACAAUGGACAAACGAGAACGACGGAGUGGCGAACCGAUCGCUGCAAAGACACGGCUAGGGUGGACGAUAUUUGGCGGAGGUGGCAAAAAGAUGCAGAGACCACAUCGAGUAAUGGUUCAUACGUGUAGUUGUUCUACAGACACCGUAUUACAUGAUAUCGUGCAAGAUUACUUUGCAGUGGAAGGCCUCGGAGUGACUGCAGCUCAACCUAUGGAAUCCACCGAAGACAAACGUGCUCGUCAAAUUUUGCAGGAAACCACCAAACGUACUGAGUCAGGAAGAUUCGAGUGUGGACUUCUGUGGAAAAACGACUUUGUAGAAUUACCAAAUAGUUACGCGAUGGCUGAGCGACGGUUAAUCUGCCUAGAAAAGCGACUCUCGAAAGAUCAGGCUUUGAAAAAGAAUGUAGAAAAACAGAUUGAUGAGUAUCUCGCUCUCGGAUAUGCUCACAAGGCUACUGACUACGAGCUGUGCAACUCUGACUCACUUCGUGUUUGGUACCUACCACUCGGUAUUGUACAAAAUCCUCGCAAACCGGGAAAAGUCCGUCUCGUCUGGGACGCCGCGGCACGUGUUGGAGAUGUAUCGCUCAACUCCAUGUUGCUUGUGGGGCCUGAUCUGUUAACUCCUCUUUUGAAAGUGAUGUGCGGUUUCCGGCAGCGACAAUACGUGGCAGUUGGCGAUGUACGACAUAUGUUCCAUCAAAUAUUAGUGAGAACGCCCGAUAAACAGGCUUUGCGCUUCUUGUUUCGAUCAGAUCCGAGUCAUACUCCGACUGUCUACGUAAUGGAUGUAGUAAUUUUCGGAGCAUCAUGUUCGCCAUGUAUCGCGCAACACGUCAAGAAUCUUAAUGCUAAUGAUUACAAGGAACAUUAUCCUGAAGCAGCAACGGCCGUAAUCAACAAUACAUACGUCGAUGAUUUCCUAGACAGCAGAGAUACCAUCGAUGAAACAAUCCAGAUUGUUGAAGAAGUGCGUCUAAUCUGCAGCAAGGCCGGCUUUGAAAUUAGGAACUGGCAGUCCAAUUCUGAUGAAGUUCUUCGACGGGUCGGGGUAGAUACAAAUGAUGCUGCAAAGUGCUUUUCGGUGGAUAAGUCAACAGUUACCGAACGUGUUCUUGGGAUGACGUGGCUGCCUACGGAAGACAUUUUUGUAUUCAAUGCACAGUUUCGAGAAGACCUCCUGCAUUUGAUAUCCGGGGAUGUAAUACCUACUAAAAGACAAGUCCUUCGAAUAGUUAUGAGUCAUUUCGACCCGCUCGGAGUCGUUGCCACAUACACAGUCCACGGAAAAAUAUUAGUCCAAGAUAUUUGGAGAUCAGGAAUCAAAUGGGAUGAUCCAAUAAGUACAGCAGACUUUAAAAAUUGGCAGCGCUGGGUUAAAGUUCUACCAAAGCUGUCGGAAGUGCGAGUAUCGAGGUGUUAUUUUCCAAACUAUAAUCCGAUAAGCUAUGCAUUACUAGAAGUGCAUGUUUUUGUCGAUGCCAGCGAGUUGGCUUGCUGUGCAGCAGCAUACUUCAGAAUCAUAGACAGAGGGCUGCCUCGCUGCACUCUAGUGGCGGCGAAAACAAAAGUAACUCCCCUUAAACCUCAAUCAAUCCCACGGAACGAGUUAAACGCGGCAGUCAUUGGCGUGAGACUCUUGAAGAGUAUCGAAGAGAACCAUACAAUACCGAUUCAGAAAAGGUACAUGUGGUCCGACUCGACUACUGUAUUGUCCUGGCUGAGGGCCGAUCCACGGAAGUAUCGACCGUAUGUAGCUUUUCGGGUUGGAGAAAUCCUAUCAUUGACGACCGUUGACGAGUGGAACUACGUCCCAUCAAGUAAAAACGUUGCGGACAAAGGAACCAAAUGGGGAAACGGUCCCUGCUUGGAAUCAACAAAUCCAUGGUUCACCGGGCCUCAAUUCCUCAAUAAAGCUGAGAACGCGUGGCCGAUCCAGAAAAUAGAGUUGCCAGAACCAUGCGAGGAAGUGAGGUCAAUACACCAUCAUGAAACCGUUCAGGAUUAUUCAUUCGACUACAUGAAAUUUUCGAAGUGGGAAGACUUGCGGAAAAAUAUGGCUUACGUGUACCACUUCAUAAACCGUUGUAGGUCGAAAGACAGAAACCCAUCAAUAGAGAGAUCUGUCGUUUUAGAGCAGAAGGACUAUGCAGCCGCUGAAUCAAGUAUAUGGAGAAUUGUCCAACGCGAAGAAUACAGUGAAGAUAUAGAAAUUCUAAAGAAGAAUUCGAAGCUACCGAGGGAACAGAAGAAGCCACUGAAGAAAAGAAGCCCACUUGCACAGUUGUCACCGUUCAUUGAUGAAGAAGGCGUACUGCGAAUGGACAGUCGACUGAAAAAAGCAACAGCAUACUUCUCGUUCGACUUCAUAAACCCAAUCAUCAUUCCCAGAACCAAUCACGUCACUGAAUUGCUGAUCCAGAGAUAUCAUCAACGCUAUGGUCAUGCAAAUAUCAACACAGUCGUAAACGAACUGCGACAACGGUACCACGUGCCAAAAAUACGUUUCCUGGUAAAGACAGUUGUUAAGCGAUGCAUGUGGUGCAGAGUUUAUCGAGCAAAGCCAGAUGCACCAAGAAUGGCAGCACUUCCACAUCCAAGGAUUGUACCUUACGUUAGACCAUUUACGUUCACGGGUUUGGAUUAUUUCGGGCCGUUAAUCGUCAAGCGAGGCAGAUGUAACGAAAAGCGUUGGGUAGCAUUGUUUACUUGCCUCACGGUGCGCGCAGUGCAUAUUGAGGUAGUACACUCGUUGUCAACUGAUUCAUGCAAGAAGGCAAUUAGGCGCUUUGUAGCACGACGUGGUACACCACAACAAAUCUAUAGCGAUAAUGGUACCAAUUUUAGAGGAGCAGCACGUGAACUUGCAGAAGAAAUUAAAGUAAUAAAUCGCAGAAUUUCACCUUUUUUCACUAAUGACGAGACGGAGUGGGUCUUCAACCCACCAUCUGCGCCACAUAUGGGAGGCGUAUGGGAGAGGAAAGUGCGAUCUAUAAAGGAAGCGUUUAAAUCACUAUCUCACAAGGAUCGCCUCAAUGAUGAGGAACUUGUAACAUUCAUGACAGAAGCAGAAAUGAUCGUAAAUUCUCAUCCUCUUACGUUUGUACCAGUGGGAAGUCCAACGGAAGAAGCACUUACUCCAAACAAUUUUAUUGUGAUGAGCUCAAGUGGCGCAAAUACGUCAGCAAGAAUCCCAGUAAACCGAGAAGUUUUCCUCAAGACUAAUCAAAAGCUCAUGCAGGACCUGCUUGACCAAUUUUGGAAACGAUGGGUUCAGGGUUAUCUACCCACAAUCGCUAGGCGAACCAAGUGGUUUAAUGACGUUCGUCCACUACAAGAAGAUGACCCAGUUAUCAUCGUGGAUGAAGCAGUUCGGAGUGGAUGGCUGCGAGGUCGAGUUGUCAAAGUCUAUCCGGGGUCUGACGGUCAAGUACGAAAGGUAGAUGUGCAGACUUCAUCGGGAGUGCUCCAGAGGCCAUCGAUCAAGGUUGCUUUGCUAGAUGUCCAAGGAAAUGGUAAAGCCAAUCUACGGUAA